UUCCCGAAUUUCUAUCGAAAUCGGUCUGGUGCUAUCAACCAUCUCAAUUGCAAAUUUCGGGAAACAGGAAAAAAAUGACGACGGAAAAGAACGACCAACUAAGGCAACAACUCAUUGCGGCGGUUGUGAAGAAGCGUGCAGCGAUUGCGCGGGCCCAUGAAAUCGUGGUGCGACUUUUGGAGCCCGGAAUACCCGAGCCCGAGUUCCUGUCCCUGCUCUGGGGUAUUGAUCCUCCAAAUUAUGCAGACAUCGUGGAUGAGCGGGAAAUAAAUAAACUAUGUGGAUAUCCACUUUGCUCCAGCAUUUUAGAGAACGUUCCCAAGCAAAAAUACACCAUCUCCGCUUCAAAAAACAAGGUAUACGACCUGACAGAACGCAAGAAAUUCUGCUCAGGAUACUGUUUCAAGGCCUCCGAAUACAUUAAAUCCCAGGUGCCCACAUCGCCAUUGUGGCUACGUGAUCGGGAGACGAGACCCAGCUUCCAGUUGCUGCCUCGAAAUUCUUGACCAAUACAUGCAGCUCUCAAAGCGUUUAUUUAUUUCAUAUAAUAAGCAUUAAGACCAUUUGUUCAUUACAUUAGUGGAUUUUCGAUGUGGGAUUAUAAACCCUAGGGAAUAUUACUUAAAGCACUAGACGAUCUUGCUUAGAUCAUGAUUAUAUUGUCGCGCUCUAACGUCAACUCUGCUUCGCGCUUGGCAUCCUCUUCAGACCACUCGCCGCACUUGCUCAGCACGUCGGUUUCUCGCGGCGGUUCGGUCUAAAGUUUUAAUUAGAGAAGAAGACACGUGCGGAUAUGAUUUACAAAUAAGAAUGUUGUACUUUAUUUGGUUA